AUGCGAUGUGGUGGCAAAAGAGCCCUUGUCGCGGCAUUCGGGCAAGCUUUGCUCAAGCAUGGUCGUUGGACGAACUCAUUUGCAGACAGUGCGGCGAAAAUCGUACCAGCGAUUGAUACAUUGAGUAAGUGCAGCUCACAGCAGUCGAAAAGCACAGCAGCAGUCGCCCGCCGAGCAAGCAGGGGGCGUACCGGUUGUUGGGCAGCAGCGACUGCUGUUGGCUGCAGCGAAGAAGCUUUUGCCACGGGAGGGGCAGAGAGAGUUGCCGAGCUGCUGGCGGGAGAAAGUGCUGGUGAAGGGGCGGUUUUCUACAACAGGGUUGGGGCCAUCAACCGAGACCUCAGCGUCUUGAUGGCGAAUGUGCUCGCGGAGGAAAGGGUGCGGGAACGGCUAGCGGGCAAGAAGCGCAAGAAGAGGCAGAUUCCGCCUACUUCGCGGCCUUCUCCUACCGAUGGUACCUUACGCAGCAGAUCUUCUCUUGCACAUGACAUGGCACAAAGUGGAGAAGCAAGACGCAGUAAGGUUUGGGGCGUUAGGGCGUUUGUAAAAGGGGCACUGGGGCGUUUGUCGCGAGGUUGUUGGGGUGUAGGCGUGGAACGCAUGAGCAACAACAAGGACCAGCAAGAUGAGCCAAGGGAGGAUGAAGACGGGUUGCUCAUCCUCGACGCGUUCGCUGCAAGCGGAGUGAGGGCGUUGAGGUACUUGACCGAGGUGCCCGGGGUCCAAAGAGUGGUUGCAAACGACUACGAUGAAGCGGCGAUAAACACAAUAAGACAAGCUGCCGUUCAAUGCGGAGUGGGAAGCAAGCUAGAGGUACAUCGCGGUGACGCUUUGGACACCCUCUAUUCAGCGAGAGCCGGAGGGAUCGGAACCUACGAUCUCAUCGAUAUCGACCCUUUUGGGUGCGCGGCUGGUUUCCUUGACGCCAGCGUGCAGGCAGUGACUGAUGGUGGUCUGCUAUGCGUCACGUCAACCGACAUGCCUGUCCUGAGCGGGGCGCAGCCGGAAGUCGCCUGGACCCGCUACGGCAGUGUGCCGACCAGGAGCGGAUACCACCACGAGAUGUCUCUCCGCAUUCUGCUGCACGCAAUAAACACUGCGGCUGGGCGGCAGCGUCGGAGCAUCCAGCCGGUCCUCAGCGUCGCAAUAGACCACUACGUCCGCGUCUUCGUGCGCGUGUCGCGCUCUCCCAAGGCUGCCCUCGCGGCGGCGCAGGAGAGCACCUCGUACGUUUUGCAGUCCGAGUCCUGCCCUAGUUUUUUUCUGCGUCCGGUCCUCUCGCCAAAGCAACAAUCGCCGCACAUAAAGACGGAGAGGUCACGGAAGGCACGACGCCUGAGCGACAGUACCGAUCCGUCGACAGCGCUUCCCGCGGGAGCCCCGCCAGAGUCGAAGGAGCAAGAGCUCGAACGCGUUACGAGCGGGGCGGGCCUUGGGGUAGACACUCAACAGUCUUUACCGCAGGGUCUUGGCGGCGUGUGUCCGGAGACCGGGGCUGGCUUGAUGGCAGGUGGGCCUAUAUGGAGCGGACCCUUGCACGAUGAAUCGUGGGUGACUAGAGCGAUUGCGAUCGCGUCGGACGGAGAAAAGUCUUUGGGUGGCGACGGCGCCGAUUCUCGCGUUGCAGUGCCGCGCCCGCGGUUAGCUGCUAGAGCUCGGGCAGAGUCGCUGCUAAGGGCGGUGUCUCGAGAGCUGCUGGACGUGCCUCUUUUCUACAACCUGCGCGACAUGUUCGCCACCCUCGGUUUGAAGAAACACCCACGAAGAGAACAGGUGAUGGGGGCGCUGGAGGCAGCCGGCUACCGUACCAGCGGCAUGCACAAGGAGCCCCUAGCUGUAAAAACAAAUGCCCCUGAUGCCGCGGUGUGGGACGUCCUACGAUGUUGGGCUCGAGACAACCCCCAACCGCCCCCAGUUCGCGAGGCGGGAGUUGCCAUCCUUCGUCGCGAGAUGCAGUCGAUUGGGGACGCCGAUUUUGAUGCGAGGCGUGCGGGCCCCGGGGGCAGUAGACGUGAAGGGGUGGCGCGAGGCGGCGGUGGGUUCUUGCACGCUCACAACCCGGAGCAAGAUUGGGGACCCCUCGCGAGACACUCUGUGAUGGCAAGGGUUGACGAUGAGCAAGACGGCGUAGAGGAAACGCCGGUGGUGUUGUCGUCGCAGUGAAUGAUGCUACUGGCGUAUCUUUUGGCUUGUUCCAGUGUUGAUGAUGGCGUUCAAUGUGUUGUG